AUGAAUCCGGAGACUGUGAACAUGAUGAUGCAGCUGCGCGACCUCAACAAGUUCUUCGAUGACAACCCGCGCUCGGAGGCGCCGCAAAUGGUUGUCCCCGGUCCGGACAGGAGCUGUAAUCCUUCCAUCAUGGUCUCGACGUCAACCGUUGUAAUGCCGAUCUCACUCUCGUCGACGGGGACGCUGGACACGCCAGAGAAUGUCGGUACCACGCCUCUCGCCAUUCGUCGAGGGUGCCGGCUACCACAGCAGCUGAAGCUGAAGGCGGGCCAGGACAUUCCGUAUCCCGGUGUUCCUACGCCUUUCGUCGGGACACCGUCGGCGUACAAGAUU